AUUCUAGUUUAACAGUUAUGGUUUCUAUUGUUACAGCACAAUAUAUGUUAAGUUAAUAUGUCGGGUUCGAGAGGUAAAAGGUGGCUUUUAGCUUGUACAGCUUGUGUGACAGUGCCACGUAAUAACAACAACAAUAUAGACAAGUGCCCUCCAAAACCUACUCCUGCCUCGGACGGUAAAGAAACUAUCAAAGCUUCAAAACACGUUCCAACCCCUCCCACACCCGAGAAACCCCCCGUUACCAUCAACCCCCACAAUGAAAGCCAAAAGUCCCUCCUGCUCGACCUCGCCAUCCAAACAACCCCAACCUACCAAGAACAUAAUGUGAUGCCAAGCCCGACACCGAGCAUGAGAACAACGAAUUGUGACGUCAGCGAAAAUUUGGAAAAACGUCACAGUAUAGCUUCAACUGCAUCACUAACUACGUCAUUAGCUACGUCAUUAGCCACAUCACUGGAUACGUCAUUGGAUACGUCACUUACUGCGUCAUCACCUUCAUUGAUAAACAGUGAGGGAGUUUCCCGAACACAAAUCGCGGUUGAAAACCACUCAUGCGCAACGAUGGUCAGUCGUGUGGAAAGGUCACCACAGUUCACGUUAAAACCUCAGUCAAGCGUAGCAGAGGAAGGAACGACUACGGAGUUUCGUUGCAAAGUCACCGGGAUACCACAACCAACAGUCGUGUGGUGCAAAGGAUCUUCCAAACUCCAGACCUUGGGUCGCAUUUCCAUUCAAUCUCCUUCUACUGGUGAAUCAGUGCUGAAGGUACAGGGUUUAAAACCCACCGACGGUGGUACUUACAGGUGUGUGGCGAACAACGUUGCCGGGAAAGCAAGUUGUCUUGUGGAACUUGUGUUGGCAGCAAAGGAAUCAACCGCCAUGUCAACCGAUCGACGACCUUACUUCUCACAAGUUCUCACGCAUCGUGACGUCACACAUGGAGAUCGAGUGAGAUUCGAAUGUAAAGUUGAAGGAAGGCCCAAGCCAACUGUGGUGUGGAACAAGGACGGCAAAGUAGUCACCGCAUCGAGUAGGGUGCGUGUUAUGGAAAUAUAUGGUUCACAUAGUCUCGUAAUAUCAAGAACUGAACACACCGAUAACGGAGUCUACUCAAUUACUGCUUCCAACCACGUGGGAUCAGAGACUUGUUCCGCACAACUACACGUUCAAGAUAUGUCGGCUUCACGCGGAUCAUCCACCAGCCAGUUAUCAGCCUACGGUCGCAGUAGUUCAACACGUAGCAGUCCUUCUACUUCGAAUCUUAGUUCGCCCUCACUUUCACCCAAACUUGCGAGGGCCGCCACCUCCCGUCUCGUAUCUGGGGGCAACUCACCCUGGUCGACUGGGCUCAAGUCUUCAGGGAGCUCAGGGGGAGCCCCACCGAGGCGGAGGGGUCCAGGGUUUAUUCUUAGACCAAGACCCCAAACUAUAGCAAUCGGAGAAAGAUUGUGUUUGAAAUGUACGUUACUUGGCCACCCAAAGCCUACCGUUACUUGGGAGAAAGAUGGAGAACUUGUUGAUGAAGAUCGAACGGACGGUCGUAUUCGAACAACCAAUGACGGAAACGAUUAUUUUCUUCAAAUUGAUGAAUGUGGGGCAGGUGACGCAGGGAAAUAUGGGGUCACUGCAAGGAACUCACUGGGAAAGCAAACUGCUGCUGUUGACGUCGUUGUGUCAGGUAGCGGAGGACAUCCCACCAACAACAAUAACGUCACGAAAUCCACUCCUCGUUUAAACAAGAACAACAAUGACAAUAACAAUGUCUCCCGUCACGACGAACCAGCAGGGGGAGCUAGAGUGACCAACGUCCGAACAAACCGAGCGAUGGAAUUGAUUUUGCCAAGUCAUAAGAGAGAAGAGGAUUUAAAAGAAUCGCCGACAUCAUCAAUUUCCUCGACAAUUUCGUCACAUUCCAGAAUUUCGACAUCAUCGUCGCGCUCCAAUGCUUCUGGUCACCAUGGAGACGACACUGAGGUAAACCGACCAAUUAAAUCAAGUUGGCGACGUUCAAACUUUGUUGCACCAACUUUCACACGACGAUUGUCAAGCACACAAGUAUUGGAAGGUGAGGAGUUGUUGCUCCAGUGCGAUGUCGCCGGUGAGCCCGAGCCUGACCUCUUGUGGUUGCGCAACGGACGUGAGGUUGGCAUCGACGAGGACGAAGUAUUUACAUCGUAUCGCAACGGCACGGCAAGGUUACGACUUCGUGAUGUGCAAGUCAACCAUGCGGGGGAAUAUAUUUGUAAAGCAAGGAACGAAGCUGGGGCGAUUCAAUGCAGUAGUAGAGUCACAGUUAAAGCGAAACCAGUUCACAUUCGUCCCCGUUUCACCAAGUCACCGGGUGACGCUAGAGUGACCGAGGGUGACACGCUCAUCCUCGAAGCGGGGGUCGAGGGAAGUCCCCUCCCCGAGAUACUUUGGUCACUAGAUGGCGAGGAAGUGUCGCACGGGGAAACUUCGUUUGAGAAUAAUGUUGCAAAGUUGAUAAUCCGCAAGAUCGACACCAGCCACAGCGGUCAAUACAUGUGUAAUGCCUUAAACACAGCAGGGGAGGAUUCAGUUGCAUGUAGAGUUCGUGUUAAACAGAAAAAGCGGGACAUCCCACCAGAGUUUACAGCGCCACUUAGCGAUGUGAAAUCCAAGGAAGGCGAUGACGUUUGUUUGCGUUGUAUGGUGACUGGGAUUCCUGAACCUACAGUACAAUGGAUGUAUAACGAUGAGGUAUUAGAGGCAGAAGAAGGCUUGGAGAUCAUCUUCCAUGAAGGGGUGGCAGCUCUUACAUUGGAACAAGCCACCAAUGAAGAUACGGGUGUAUACACUUGUGUUGCUGUCAAUGGGGAGGGGAGGGCAACUACAACUUGCCAGGUGGCCGUAACAGCUGCCCCUAAAGUUGAGAAGAAGAGCGUGCCCACUAGCGCCCCCAAAUUUGCGACAACAUUUGACGAAUAUAUCCGCGCACAAGAUGGCGACAAACUUGUUCUUGAAUGCUCCGUGACCGGUCACCCGGAACCAGAGGUCACAUGGUCUUUAAACGACCAAUCGGUGCCUAACACCACAGCAAGCUUCAAGAACGGGAUUGCCAAGCUUACAAUUGACCCGGUAUCGUCCACACAUAGUGGCCAUGUUAAAUGCUCGAUACAAAACACUGCUGGUAAAGCUAACCAUGAAGCGAGGGUGUAUGUCAGAUCUAAGCGAGUUGCUCCAACCUUCGAGAAGGAACUCCCGGAGUCGAUUGUUGUGAACGAGGGUGAGGAGGCUUGCUUCGAGUGUCAGGUUCGAGGUCACCCACAACCCAGAGUUACCUGGAGCAGAGACGGUCGGUCACUUAGUGUGUUGAGCACGGAGACAUCAUAUGAAGAUGGAAAAGCUUCGGUUCGAAUUCGCAAAGCUGGAACACGCGAGGGCGGUAGAUACACUUGCACGGCUCGCAACUUAUCAGGGGAAGCAGAGUCCGUGUGUAUCGUUACCGUGGCAACGAAGAUGGAAGAACCGAAGACCUCAGCUCCAAAGUUUACGAAGGAAAUGAAAGACGUUGAGUUGGUUGAUGGACAAGAUUUACACCUUACAUGCCACGUGAGCGGCCUCCCCACCCCCGAUGUUCAUUGGGAGGUAGAUGGACAAAGGUUGGAAGCUGAAGAUGGAGAUGUUAGUUAUAAAGACGGGGUGGCUAAGUUGGUGUUGGAAGAUGUGAUGAAGGAAGACACAGGAAGAUAUGAAUGUAUUGCAAAGAAUGAAGUGGGAAACGCUAAGUCCGGUUGUAAUGUUACUGUUAAAGCUCCCACCAAAGAAGUUGAACCCGUCGCCCCCAAAGCGGAAGUUGUCCCGACCAAACCAACCAAACCAACAAAGUUGGAGAAAGAGCCAUCUUUCCCCAUCCAACUGGAUGACCAUACAGUAGAGGAAGGCGAUGAUAUCGUGCUCAAGUGUCAAGUUAAAGGAAUACCUAGGCCUAAGAUCACCUGGUUAUUGGAUGGGGAGGAAAUAUUGGAUGCUGAGUUAAAAUACGAUGAUGACGGCCACGCACACUUGGUAUUACCUGAAGCCCUCCCCGAAGACGAAGGGGUGUACACAUGUAUCGCCGAGAAUCCACUUAAACGGGUCAUGUGCUCGUGUAAAGUUACAAUCGCAGCACUUGCUGCAACUUCAAAGAGAUCUAUGAAACCAAAACCUGCAGAAGAUGUUGUUGUGCCGCGUGCAGUUGAAGUUGACUCAGCACCCCCAUCUAGUGGCCAUACUGCACCAAGUUUCACGAAGAAUCUUGAAGAUCGUUUGAUCCAAGAUGGAAGCACCGAUGUUCUGCUAUCCUGUGUUGUGACUGGCAACCCCCCUCCCACAGCCAAGUGGUUUUUUGAAGAUGAGGAAUUAGAGGACAGCGAUGACUUCAAGAUGAUCAUUGAUGGUAAUGUGAGGUCUCUGGUUAUUGGGGAGGUGUUUCCAGAGGAUUCUGGUGUUUAUAUGUGUGUGGCUGGCAACACUGCUGGGGAAGCGAGGAGCAAGUGCAAGAUUACUGUGGAAGAGAUUGAGGGCGAAACCCCAACAUUUUUAAUGAAACCAAAGCAAGUUAACGUGAACGCUGGUGAACGAGCUCUAUUCUCGUGUCGUGUGGACGGUGACCCUCCCCCCUCCGUGGAAUGGUUGUUUUGCAACCAACCGAUCCAGGAAUCCGAUCGAGCCUUGAUCACAAAAGCUGACCCAAACAACAAUUACACACACUCGCUAGAAAUACCACAAGUCUCGCCACAAGAUGCCGGUAGAUACGCCGUGUGCUGCAGAAACCUCCUUGGUGACGUCACAUGCACCGUAUCUUUGAUCGUGAGCGACGCAAAGAAACAAGAAACCAGGAAAGAUUUCCGUGACGUACUCAGGAAAUCCCCCGCAGUGAAAACUAACCAAGCGGGGAAACCCCUAACUGACGAACAGGUGGAUUUUCGUGGAUUGUUACGUAGAACGUCAACGGAUAAGGAUCUCGGGAAACGAACGACGUCGACCAGCGGAUCUGAGGACGCCGGCGAUGACGCGGGAGCCGUCUACAAAGAAGCUCUUUCAGUUUCAGUGAAAACAAAAGCCCUGACUGAGGAAGAACGCAAGAGAAGGAAAGCAGAACAACUCGAUUUCCGGGGAAACCUCGUGCGUAAAGUUGAACCCAAAGUGACAAGCCUUGACGUUCUACGAACGAAAUCUCCCGAGCAACAAGACUUCAGAGAGGAAGCUUUGAAGACAAAAGUUCGAACCAAAGCUCUUGGUCAAGAUGACUUGAAACACAUGACACCAGAACAAAAGGAUUUCAGAGCAGAAGCGAUCAAAUCGAAAGUUGUCACUAAAGCUUAUAAAGAAGAACUUAUAAAGACUAAACGCGCGGAACAAGUUGAUUUCCGUGACGUGUUGUCCCCAACCAAGAAAGCUGAGAUGGAAAGAAAGGAAGCUGAAAGUUUGUCGAUCUCGGAGUUGCCUCGUGGUAAAUGGAGGAAGGAAAGUGGGGAUCACAAUAUGGUGGCUACGAAGCGCACAAGACACAAAGGGGCCGCUGCUAUUGUACCGGUGAGGAAAGUACAAGAGAAUGGAAGAGAAAGCGAGGAGGAAGAGGAGAAGAGUGAGAAUGUUGAAUCAAAACCAGAGUUUACUCGUUUCAUGGAUGAUUAUGAGGCAACCGACGGACAGCCCUUCACGCUUGAAUGCACUGUGGUCGGUGAACCGAGACCAGAGAUCACGUGGUAUUUGGAUGAAGAAGAAGUGAAAGCUGAAGCUGACAUCACUAUUACGUAUGAAGGCGACAUCUGCCGGUUUUCAAUCGCUGAGAGUUUCCCCGACGACCAGGGCAAAUAUUCAUGCACUGCCCGCAACAAAUACGGCGAGUCCACAUGUUCCGCGUUCGUUACCGUGGUCGGCGAACAAACGACGUCUCCUAAACCUGCUUAUGUGAUGAAGAAAAAGAGCCCAUCGGUUAACGUCCCCGCCAGUAUUAAAGAUGGCCCCCAAGACAUGACAAUAUUAAGGGGCAACCCUAUCAGCCUAUGCUGUUCAUUGGUGGGAACUUCUCCAUUGAAAGUGGUUUGGAGGAAAGGAAGGAAUGAGAUAAAACACAGUCACCAAUGUUCCAUUGAAACUACUGGUACCUUGUCAGCUUUAACAAUCAGUAAAAGUGAGAGGGGAGAUUCUGGUUGUUAUACCUUGCAAGUAUCUAAUACUGAUGGAGUUGACCAGUUCUCUGUCAGUGUUAGUGUGGUUGACGUACCUGACCCUCCCGGCAAACCAUUCCCCGAAAACGCGUCGUCGAACGAGAUGAUUGUAUCCUGGUACGGAAGUGGCUUCGAUGGGGGAAGUCCCAUUACUUCGUACCUGCUGGAGAUGUCGAAGGUAAAUGAAAGUGGUUCUUCCCGCAAAACAUGGGCAGAGGUUAGCACCACCAACAGCACCUCAUUCACAGUGAAAGGAUUGGAAACUAAUGCUUCGUAUCUUUAUCGCGUGAGUGCUUCCAACAAAUAUGGGACGAGCAGACCCGGUCCAGUGUCCGAUGUUUUGAGGAAUGUUUCACCAACGCAAGAAAAUGGAGCCGAGUCAAGCGGGGAUGAAGAGGAUUUUGUUGAGUACGGACCAGUCACCAUAAAAAAGGAAAAGUUUUCGGGAAAAUAUGAAGUGAAGGAGAAGUUGGGACAGGGUAGAUUUGGCAAAGUUCACCGCGUGGUUGAUCGGGCCAUGAAUCGUGAAUAUGCAGCAAAGAUCAUGAGGGCGUUGAAAGCUCGUGAUCGUGAAGCUGUGAACAUGGAGAUUGAUAUCAUGAACCAACUACGCCAUCCAAGGCUUGUUCAACUCAUAGAUGCUUACACACAUGGAAGGGAAAUGAUAAUGGUUAUGGACUUGGUUGCUGGUGGAGAAUUAUUUGAACGAGUGAUUGACGAAGACUUUGAACUAACGGAAGCUGCUUGUAUUAAAUACAUGCGACAAAUAUGCGAUGGGGUGGAGUUCAUGAAGAGAAGCCAGAUUGUUCAUUUGGAUUUGAAACCUGAGAACAUAAUGUGCAUCAACAAGACUGGAACGCAAAUCAAGAUAAUUGACUUUGGUUUGGCGAGGAAGUUUAAUCCCAAUGAAGUCACAAGGGUAAUGUUCGGAACCCCAGAGUUUGUUGCUCCUGAGGUUAUCAACUACGAUGCCAUCGGCUUCGAAACCGAUAUGUGGAGUGUGGGAGUUAUCUGUUAUAUUCUACUGUCAGGGUUGUCACCGUUUUGUGGCGACGCAGAUUCCGAAACAUUGUCAAACAUAACAGCUGUUCAGUGGGAUUUUGAUGACGAAUCAUUUGAUCAAAUAUCAGAAGACGCAAAAGAUUUCAUCUCAAAACUUCUUGUUAAAGAACUAAAACAAAGGUUUGAUGUAAACCAAGCAUUGCAACAUCGGUGGUUGAAACGAGAUACCAACAAGAUGAGCAAAAGUAAAUUGAAUAAAAAGAACCUGAGAAGAUUCCUUGCAAGGCGGAAGUGGCAGAAAACUGGCAACGCGGUUCGUGCCUUGGGUCGGUUGGCAUCGCUUGCACGACUCGCCCCGUCGUCAUCCUCACAUAGCGGACAGCAACGAGAGUCCGGGUUUCUGUCAUCGUUGAAGGCUCAACUUAUCAGGGAGAACGAGUCACAACAGGAACGCAAGAAACCCUGCUUCCUCCGAACCUUUGAUGACAUCGAGGUUAUUGAAGGUUCGGCUGCCAAGUUCUCAUGCACGGUGUCCGGCAACCCCGACCCCGAUGUGAUGUGGCUUAUUGAUGGGGAACCUAUCAAGGAAUCGAGGCAUUUCAGGAUGGCAUACACAGAGGACAACCAAUGUACUUUACUUAUAAUGGAUACCAGUGGUACAGAUGAAGCUGAAUAUACAUGCAAAGCUUCAAACAGCGAGGGUGAAGUCCAACACAGCGCUGAACUAAUCGUCAUAACACCAGGUGUGUGACAUCACAAUACGUUACCAUGGUAACACGUUUGUUGAUGAAUGAAGUUGUUUCUGAUAUUGCACACUUUAUCGCCACCUACUGCCCUUUCCGCACACAAAAUUUAGCCAUCGGGGUGCAUCCUUAAGCUCCACGGACUCUUUGUAUAAAUAACAAACAAAAUAUUUGUUGAAGCAAUAUUACCUUAUGGUACGAUAGCAACUUGGGCAUCAAUGUUUCUUAAACAUCAUGUGCCGUCUUCAUUUAAGCUGCUCUUAUCCCAUCUUUGUAAAAUUUAAAUUAUUUUCCAAGUGCUUUGUCUUCCUUUAUAUUAUUAAUCAUUGAGAAGCCAUUUGAUUUUGUUGGAGAUGUUUACUGAUCGUGGUGUGAUUAAUUUUCCACACAAACUUUAAUAUACUGAACAAUAAGUAGAACACGAUGCCUUAAUAUUAUGUUAGAUCGCUGGAUGGAAACUUCUUUAAUAUUAUUGUUUAGAAUAAUAAAGGUCGCUUAGUGAAGUUAACGUCGCAAAAGUUAAAGAAAACUGCAAAAAAUAAAUAAAAAUUUAUUUCUGUAA